CCCACGGCGGUUGCCCAUAUAGAGGCCGGGGGUGGGGGGGAGGUCAAGCGUAGCCUCUUCUCCUUUACCAAGAUGGCGGCUCGUCCCUGUUUCGCCACAGUUCCUACCUUAUGAGCUUCGUUUCCUUACGCUGAUAAGGGUGGAACAGAAUGACACUUGUAAUGGACCCAUCCAGAUAAUCCAGGGUAAUCUUUAAGCACUUCUGGAAAGACUUUUUCCAGAAAAAGCUGGCAGGCUGACAGAGGCGGCCUCAGGACGGACCUUCUGGCUACUGACCGUUUUGCUGUGGCUUGCCCGGAUCGUGUGGACUCCUGAGAUCAACCAUGAGCUCCGUCGCAGUUCUGACCCAAGAGAGCUUUGCUGAACACCGAAGUGGACUGGUUCCGCAACAAAUCAAAGUUGCCACUUUAAAUUCAGAAGAGGAGAGCGACCCUCCAACCUACAAGGAUGCCUUCCCCCCACUCCCUGAGAAAGCAGCUUGCUUGGAAAAUGCCCAGGAACCUGCUGGCGUCUGGAAUAACAAGAUCCGGCCCAUCAAGGCUUCUGUCAUCACUCAGGUGUUCCAUGUACCCCUGGAGGAGAGGAAGUACAAGGACAUGAACCAGUUUGGAGAAGGUGAACAAGCAAAAAUCUGCCUUGAGAUCAUGCAGAGGACUGGCGCUCACCUGGAGCUGUCUCUCGCCAAAGAUCAGGGCCUCUCCAUCAUGGUUUCAGGGAAGCUGGACGCUGUCAUGAAAGCCCGGAAGGACAUUGUUGCUAGACUGCAGACUCAGGCCUCAGCAACUGUUGCCAUUCCCAAAGAACACCAUCGCUUUGUUAUUGGCAAAAAUGGAGAGAAACUGCAAGACUUGGAGCUAAAAACUGCAACCAAAAUCCAGAUCCCACGCCCAGAUGACGCCAGCAAUCAGAUCAGGAUCACCGGCACCAAAGAGGGCAUCGAGAAAGCUCGCCAUGAGGUCCUGCUCAUCUCCGCCGAGCAGGACAAACGUGCUGUGGAGAGGCUGGAAGUAGAGAAGGCGUUCCACCCCUUCAUCGCGGGGCCGUACAAUCGGCUGGUCAGCGAGAUCAUGCAGGAGACGGGGACACGCAUCAACAUCCCCCCGCCCAGCGUCAGCCGGACCGAGAUCGUCUUCACGGGGGAGAAGGAGCAGCUGGCCCAGGCUGUGGCCCGCAUCAGGAGGGUUUACGAGGAGAAGAAAAAGAAGACCACAACCAUCGCGGUAGAGGUGAAGAAAUCCCAGCACAAGUAUGUCAUCGGGCCCAAGGGCAAUUCCCUGCAGGAGAUCCUGGAAAGAACUGGAGUUUCUGUGGAGAUCCCACCUUCAGACAGCAUCUCAGAGACUGUGAUACUUCGAGGCGAGCCUGAAAAGCUGGGGCAGGCGUUGACUGAAGUCUAUGCCAAGGCCAACAGUUUUACGGUCUCCUCCGUCUCUGCUCCUUCCUGGCUUCACCGUUUCAUCAUUGGCAAGAAAGGGCAGAACCUGGCCAAAAUCACUCAGCAGAUGCCAAAGGUCCACAUCGAGUUCACAGAGGGCGAGGACAGGAUCACCCUGGAAGGCCCCACGGAGGAUGUAAACGUGGCCCAGGAACAGAUCGAAGCCAUGGUCAAGGACUUGAUUAACCGGAUGGACUAUGUGGAGAUCAACAUUGACCACAAGUUCCACAGACACCUCAUCGGGAAGAGCGGGGCCAACAUAAACAGAAUCAAAGACCAGUACAAGGUGUCUGUGCGCAUCCCUCCCGACAGCGAGAAGAGCAACCUCAUCCGCAUCGAGGGGGACCCGCAGGGUGUGCAGCAGGCCAAGCGCGAGCUGCUGGAGCUCGCCUCCCGCAUGGAAAACGAGCGUACCAAGGAUCUAAUCAUUGAGCAGAGAUUUCAUCGCACAAUCAUUGGGCAGAAGGGUGAACGGAUCCGUGAAAUUCGGGACAAAUUCCCAGAGGUCAUCAUCAACUUUCCAGACCCAGCACAGAAAAGCGAUAUUGUCCAGCUUAGAGGGCCCAAGAAUGAGGUGGAAAAAUGCACAAAAUACAUGCAGAAGAUGGUGGCAGAUCUGGUGGAAAAUAGCUAUUCAAUUUCUGUUCCGAUCUUCAAACAGUUUCACAAGAACAUCAUUGGGAAAGGAGGUGCAAACAUUAAAAAGAUCCGGGAAGAAAGCAACACCAAGAUUGACCUUCCCGCAGAGAACAGCAACUCGGAGACCAUCAUCAUCACAGGCAAGCGAGCCAACUGCGAGGCCGCCCGGAGCCGCAUUCUGUCCAUCCAGAAAGACCUGGCCAACAUAGCCGAGGUGGAGGUCUCCAUCCCUGCCAAGCUGCACAACUCGCUCAUCGGCACCAAGGGCCGCCUCAUCCGCUCCAUCAUGGAGGAGUGCGGUGGGGUCCACAUCCACUUCCCCGUGGAGGGUUCGGGAAGUGACACCGUGGUCAUCAGGGGCCCUUCCUCGGACGUGGAGAAGGCCCGGAAACAACUCCUGCACCUGGCGGAGGAGAAGCAAACCAAGAGUUUCACUGUCGACAUCCGCGCCAAGCCAGAGUAUCACAAGUUCCUCAUCGGCAAAGGGGGCGGCAAAAUCCGCAAGGUGCGUGACAGCACCGGAGCCCGCGUCAUCUUCCCGACGGCUGAGGACAAGGAUCAGGACCUGAUCACCAUCAUAGGGAAGGAGGACGCCGUCAGGGAGGCUCAGAGGGAGCUGGAGGCCCUGAUCCAGAGCCUGGACAAUGUGGUUGAAGACUGCAUGCUGGUGGACCCCAGGCACCACCGUCACUUCGUCAUCCGGAGAGGCCAGGUCCUGCGAGAGAUCGCCGAGGAGUACGGCGGGGUGAUGGUCAGCUUCCCGCGCUCCGGCACGCAGAGCGACAAAGUCACCCUCAAGGGGGCCAAGGACUGCGUGGAGGCGGCCAAGAAGCGCAUCCAGGAGAUCAUCGAGGACCUGGAAGCCCAGGUGACCAUAGAAUGCGCCAUCCCCCAGAAGUUCCAUCGAUCGGUCAUGGGCCCCAAAGGUUCCAAAAUCCAACAGAUCACUCGGGACUAUAACGUUCAAAUUAAAUUCCCAGACAGAGAGGAGAACCCAGUGCACAGUGUGGAGCCCGCUGUCCAGGAGAACGGCGACGACGCGGGGGAGGGGAGGGAUGGCAAGGAGGCCGAGCCCGGCUCCCCCAGGAGGUGCGACAUCAUCGUCAUCUCCGGCCGGAAGGAGAAGUGCGAGGCCGCCAAGGAAGCCCUCGAGGCGCUGGUUCCCGUCACCAUUGAAGUGGAGGUGCCCUUUGACCUUCACCGGUACAUCAUCGGGCAGAAGGGAAGCGGGAUCCGCAAGAUGAUGGACGAGUUUGAGGUGAAUAUUCACGUCCCGGCCCCUGAACUGCAGUCUGACAUCAUCGCCAUCACGGGCCUGGCUGCGAAUUUGGACCGGGCCAAGGCUGGGCUGCUGGAGCGGGUGAAGGAGCUGCAGGCAGAGCAAGAGGACCGGGCUUUAAGGAGUUUUAAGCUGAGUGUCACUGUAGACCCCAAAUAUCACCCCAAAAUCAUUGGGAGGAAGGGGGCAGUGAUCACCCAAAUCCGCUUGGAGCACGACGUGAACAUCCAGUUUCCUGAUAAGGAUGAUGGGAACCAGCCCCAGGACCAAAUUACCAUCACAGGGUACGAGAAGAACACAGAAGCUGCCCGGGAUGCCAUAUUGAAAAUUGUGGGUGAACUUGAACAGAUGGUUUCUGAGGAUGUCCCGCUAGACCACCGUGUUCACGCCCGCAUCAUCGGUGCCCGUGGCAAAGCCAUCCGCAAAAUCAUGGAUGAAUUCAAGGUGGACAUUCGCUUCCCCCAGAGUGGGGCCCCCGACCCCAACUGCGUGACCGUGACGGGGCUCCCGGAGAACGUGGAGGAAGCCAUCGACCACAUCCUCAACCUGGAGGAGGAAUACCUGGCCGACGUGGUAGACAGCGAGGCGCUGCAGCUGUACGUGAAGCCCGCCCCCCACGAGGAGUCCAGGGCGCCGUCCAAGGGCUUCGUGGUGCGCGACGCCCCCUGGACCGCCAGCAGCAGCGAGAAGGCUCCCGACAUGAGCAGCUCCGAGGAGUUUCCCAGCUUUGGGGCUCAGGUGGCCCCCAAGACCCUCCCUUGGGGCCCCAAACGAUAAUGAUGAAAGAGCAGAACCCUCUCCAGCCUGCUGACCUGAACCCGCCACGCGAUGGUGCGUCCCAACCUAACCCAGCGGCUGGGCCCUCCGAAAAUUGUCGACGCUCCCCUUCCCCGAGGUCUCACAGCGAAGCCGGCGCCCCGCGCUGUGUGCGGCCCGGCCCCGGGCCUGGUGGCACCCAGCGUGGCACGGGCCCUGCUCCCAGCCUUUGCUCUGGGCGGCUCUCCACUGUCGUGAACACUAAGGAGGUCACGGGACGGUGUCACCCAGCACGUCGGUGAGGCUGUGGCCUCCGCCAGGAGAGCACCACAGGUGCAGCCGAGUCUACUUCCUGUGUCAUGACCUCAGGAAAUAAAUUUCCUUGACUUUAUAAAAGCCAAAACGUUUGCCCUCUUCCUUUCCCACCUUCCUCUCUCUCUCGUGCCUGUCGUCCAGAUGCUCCUCUGGUAGAACGCGCUCUGCCUUCUUCCAGCUGCCAAAAAGCCCGCUUACCCAGGCCACAGGGCAGGUCGGGAGGCCUGGUGUGCACCCUGGGCGCCCGCAGACCCAGAGGAGAGCCCAGUGGAGCCAGAGGGAUCAGGAAGGCAGGAGGCAGACGCGGUUCUUGGAGGGCCCUGGCUUUCCCGGUGUCAUGUCGGGGUCUCUGCCCCGGACCACACGGGUGCAGGCCCCGAGUCUGGUGAGCCUGGUGAGCGCGGGACCUGAGGAACGCCAGGCGGAGAGGAGGGGGCUGGCCGGGGAGGUGGAGAUCACCCACGCCUGCUCCGCGGAGGCCCCGCCCUUUGCACACUGGCUGACUUGUUUUUACACCACCUUCCGCUCCCUCGCACCCACCCCUCCCCAGAUGCCCCCUGUUGAGUUGCCUCUUUCUACCUCAGAGCUGGUAUGGGGUGUCCCGAGCUUCGGGCUGUGUUUGCUGCGGCCUUGGGGGCUGGAAGCCGAGUGCCCGGCUCAAGGCCGUGCUGUUCCUCAGCCACUGGGUCGGUGGCCAGUGGGCCCGUCCAGCGGGGAGCACACGGGCCACCCCCCCAGGUGGCCGCUGAUGCGUGCUUGAAAGGCAGGCCUCCUGGCCCCGGGGUAGAGAGAGGCUGCCGGUCGGCCGGGACCAGAGGCCCCAGUGCUGCUGGCGGCCUCUUUGUCAAGUUUGUGGUAGGUCAGUUCCGCGGUUGGACCCCAGGCCUUGGCGGGUCAGGGUGCCCCGGCCCCAGCCGGCUUGGUGAAGGUCCACCCUGAAGAGGGAAGGGUGGGGCCCCGUCUCCACGGAGGCGACGGGCCACUCUGAGUUGUCUUGUCCCAGAUGCCGGGCUUCCUAGAGGAGCUGCCUUGUGCCCCGGGGACAGUCGUCUCUCCUCUGACCACCUUCUCCCCACCCUCAGAGUUUUUCUCUCAAUUUAUUAACUGGAGCUCGGCCACCUUCUGACUCUUCGGUUCCGGAGUAGACCCCGAGUCUAACUGCGGUCGCCUCUGCAAGUCCCUGCUAGCUCUGGCGGCCUUAAGUGUGCCCACUCAGAGGCGUGAGCAGCUGGGAGAGGAAAGAAGGAGCGUUUGCUCCUGCUCAGCAGGCUGCGUGACCCCGGAGGAGGUGGAGUUGAUUGCAGUAGGAGACAGGAGGAAAGGCCCCACCUCUGGGAGCCUCGCGGGGAAGGGCCGGCCCCUCCUCUCCUUUUGCAUGAGUUAGGAGCCUUUCCCACUGGCCCCCGCCCCCCACCCCGGGAGUCUGCCCGCACCUCCCCCUCCCUCUGUCUUUCCUACAGCAUCCAACCCUGCCCUCCCCAGAGGUAAAUUUUUAAUUCUCACAACAGAUUUUUGCACACGUGCAUUUACUGCUAAACGUCAUAGAUGCAAACUCCCCUUUCCUAAACUGUGUUUGGGGUCUUGCUCGCUCUGUUUUUGGUUGUUGUUAAAGGGGAUGAGAUGACUGUGCCCAGGCCUGUCCCCUGCGGCCUCCGAUGCUGCGGGGAGAGCCUGGCGGGAAUGGGCGCGUGUGUCCGUCUCCUCCUUGUUGAAUGUCUUCCAUAUCAUAUGUGUCCACGGCUACCAUCCAUCCCUUGGCCUUAACUUUAAAAUUUGGAGAUUAUAUGCAAACAUGUGUAAAGGCUCAUGAAUAUGGAUGACACUGGAAUUUUAUAAAUUCUAAAAUAAAACCCGAAACCAGAUAUAGUGUGCUGGGACUCAUUUUAUCACG